ACGCGCGCGGAGCUGCAGUGUCUGGAAGAGAGUUACCGAGGGAACGUCGCGGCCCGGGAGGCAGCCGCCCCAGGGCAGGUGGACACUGCUUGCCUGACCGUCCAACCGCCGCCCCUCCCUCCGGGGGGUCCCGAGCUGACGGAUGGGAGGCACAGCUCGCGGGCCCGGGCGGAAGGAUGCGGGGCCACCAGGAGCCGGACUCCCGCCCCAGCAGCGGAGAUUGGGUGAUGGUGUCUAUGAUACCUUCAUGAUGAUAGAUGAAACCAAAUGCCCACCCUGUUCAAAUGCACUCUGCAAUCCUUCUGAACCACCUCUACCCAGAAGACUAAAUAUCACCACUGAGCAUUUAACAAGAGAUCCUACUCAGCGCUUCCUGAAUGGAGGUGAGAUGAAGGUAGAACAACUAUUUCAAGAAUUUGGCAACAGAAGAUCUGAUACUUUUCAGUCAGAUGGCAUCAACGACUCUGAAAAAUGCUCUCCUACAGUUUCUCAGGGUAAAAGUUCAGAUAGUUUGAAUACAGUAAAAUCUAGCAGUUCAUCCAAAGCAUCCAAAGUGUUGCCUCUGACUCCAGAACAAGCACUGAAGCAAUAUAAACACCACCUCACUGCUUAUGAGAAGCUGGAAAUCAUCAAUUAUCCAGAAAUUUACUUUGUGGGUCCAAAUGCCAAAAAAAGACAUGGAGUUAUCGGUGGUCCCAAUAAUGGGGGUUAUGAUGAUGCAGAUGGGGCCUAUAUUCACGUGCCUCGAGACCAUCUAGCUUAUCGAUAUGAGGUGCUGAAAAUUAUUGGCAAGGGCAGUUUUGGGCAGGUAGCCCGGGUCUAUGAUCACAAACUUCGACAGUACGUGGCCCUGAAGAUGGUACGCAAUGAAAAGCGCUUCCAUCGCCAAGCAGCCGAGGAGAUCCGGAUUUUGGAGCAUCUUAAAAAGCAGGAUAAAACUGGUAGCAUGAACGUUAUUCAUAUGCUGGAAAGUUUCACGUUCCGGAACCAUGUUUGCAUGGCCUUUGAGUUGCUGAGCAUAGACCUUUAUGAGCUCAUUAAAAAAAACAAGUUCCAGGGUUUUAGCAUCCAGUUGGUUCGCAAGUUUGCUCAAUCCAUCUUGCAAUCCUUGGAUGCUCUCCACAAAAACAAGAUCAUUCACUGUGACCUGAAGCCAGAAAACAUUCUCCUGAAACACCAUGGGCGCAGUGCGACUAAGGUCAUUGACUUUGGGUCCAGCUGUUUUGAGUACCAGAAGCUUUACACAUAUAUCCAGUCUCGGUUCUACAGAGCUCCAGAGAUCAUCUUAGGAAACCGCUACAGCACGCCCAUUGACAUAUGGAGUUUUGGCUGCAUCCUUGCAGAACUUUUAACAGGACAGCCUCUCUUCCCUGGAGAGGAUGAAGGAGACCAGCUGGCCUGUAUGAUGGAGCUUCUAGGGAUGCCACCACCAAAACUCCUGGAGCAAUCCAAACGUGCCAAGUACUUUAUUAACUCCAAGGGCCUACCUCGCUACUGUUCUGUGACCACUCAGGCAGAUGGGAGGGUUGUGCUUGUGGGAGGUCGUUCACGGAGGGGUAAGAAGCGGGGUCCCCCAGGCAGCAAAGACUGGGGGACAGCACUGAAGGGGUGUGAUGAUUACUUAUUCGUAGAGUUUUUGAAAAGGUGUCUUCACUGGGACCCCUCUGCCCGCCUGACCCCAGCUCAAGCACUAAGACACCCUUGGAUUAGCAAGUCUGUGCCCAGACCUCUCACCAUUGAAAAGGUGUCAGGCAAAAGGGUAGUAAAUCCUGCAAAUGCUUUCCAGGGCCUGGGUUCCAAGCUGCCUCCAGUUGUAGGAAUAGCCAAUAAGCUUAAAGCUAACUUAAUGUCAGAAACCAGUGGUGGUAUACCUCUGUGCAGUGUAUUGCCAAAACUGAUUAGCUAAUGGACAGCUGGUGUGCUCAGAGACGAUAUGUAGGUAUUUUUAAUUAUCUUGCAAACCUGAAAAUGGAAAAAAAAACCCAAGCCCAUUCAUGGAUAUGUUUUUGGUAGACUAGAUAUCUUUUUUUAACAAGGCAAAGCAUUUUUAUAUGACUGCAAAAGAACUCUUGAAGGGCUAAUUACCUAACCAGCUUGUAUUGGCCAUCCUGGGAUACAUAGUAAAAGGCUUUUUAUAGGUCAGUGCAUCUUUUGUUAUUAUUGUCAGGUGUGCAUCAACCUGUGUAUUAUGCUGUUGGUUUAAAUCCCUUUCUCUCAAGGUAAACGAUAUACCAGAAAGUAUAUCCUGAACAUUCACUUCUAGUCUCCCUCGGCAUCUGUUCUAGAGGGUUAAUUUGGGACAUGGCCGUAGUUAUAGAUGAGACUCAAAGCUAGAUCUCUCGCGCCAGCAGCCUGUCCUGUGGGCUCAUGCUAGGUGAAAGGGCUCACAGCAGAGUACAGGGUGGGGGAAGCUCCGGGAAGCUGUGGGUCCCCUAGAAAAGUCUCGUCACUGCUUCCAAGUGGCUCAUUUCUCUGCCCUUCAAUUCUGUGAUGCAUGGUGUUUUUAUUGUAUGUUGUCGUUAUUAUUUUUAUUUAUUAUUAUUUUGCCACUGGUUUGUUUCCUGGGCUCUCAAAGCAUUUUACAGACAUCUUACCACUUCACAAAGUACUGGUUUUAAAACAAGUCAUAUGCAUCCCUCCUCCCAUCUCCAAGGAAGAUAAAGAAGUUCUUGGCCCCAAAUGACCCAGAACGUUAAAGGUAGAAUCAGCCUGCAAACUGCAGUUCUGCAUUUCCAUGGACUCUUUCCUUAUAAAAGUGAUUGCUAUCACAUAACCCUAACUACAGCCUCAUUGCUUUCGCUCCUCUUUCCAGCUAUCUGCCACCUUAAUGUGCCACAAUUUUCUCACUUUCAGUUUAAACCGAAGACUAUUCCCUAGACUGGGAGUGAGCUUCAGAUAUAAGAAGAAAAUCCAGAAACUGGUGUGUGGAGUUGGAGAGAAGAAAGGUACUCCAAGAGUGCAAGCUUCAGACGGGCAUUCCCAUUCAUCACGAAGCUCUGAGUUAAUCGGUUGUGACGCUACCGAGCAUGUGCAGAUGAUGGGGGUUCGUUUCCCUCCGUGUACCAGGAGUGUGCUCACCUCUUGUCUUCUUUCAAGUUGACCUACGUAGUCAAUCUCCGAUCUCUUCUUUUUGAGAGAGGGUAAUUGGAGAAGGGUUAUGUGAGGCCACCUUCUUCUGGUCCGGUAUUUGAUACUGAUAAUAAUGAAAAGGAAAAUGCAACCGUAACCUAACUAUGAUAUUAAAGAGUCUGCUUCUGUCUCCCAGGGGCUCUGUGAAGAAGGAAAGAGUCUAACCUGCAUCUCCUUUCCCAGAUGAAAUUAAUUUAUGACCAUAGUAGUAUACUUUAUUCCUAGGUGUUUUAAGGUGCGGAUUGGGACAGACAGGUUAGCUGGCUGAUGUCAUUAUAUUUUAGUUUUCAUGACACUGAAUCUGUUAAGAACGGGGUUUCUUGCGUGAUCAAAAAACUGAACAAAAGAUUAAACAAAAAUUUCAACUGUGAAACAGUCGGGAUCUGUAGCAGCUAGUCAUGUUGAAACUUUCUGUUUUGCUUAAUUCCUAACUAGGCCUAAUUAAAGUUAAAUGCGAAAUUUUAGGUAGCAGCCGAUAAAUUGUUCUGGGCUUUCCUAACAGAAUACUCCUACUACUUUAGCGAAUCAUGGAAAACUCUUUCUCAUUUACUUUUGACUAUUUCUCUUUCAUCUAUUAUUCAAUGUCAUGAACACGGAAGUUGGAAGAGUGACAAUGAUUGUUCCAGACUGCGUCUGUAUGCUUUUUCUCUUUUGAGAAUUAAGGAUAAGAGCUUAUCCUUUGAACCAGGUAGAAUUGCUGGAACAUGCUCUCCUCUGUCUCUUCAGUCUGGCCGGAGGUGACCAGUCUGUAGAGCCCUAUAACUUAAUAUGCACAGAGCAACUGCAGGCAUCCACAACGUGAGCAACCUGGAGUCUUCCAAACAAGGAGAGAGACGAGGCCAGGGAUCAGCAAAUCAAGGAAGAGUUGUCCUCUGCCAGGAAUCAGCCUCUCAGUUUUUAAUAAUAUUUUUAAUAUCCUCUUUUCAACAUGACAUGUCCCGCUUUCACCUUCAAACUGUGCUUCCUAAAGCCCAAGAUUUUAAAAGAAUUUACUUCCAAACCUGGCCUUCAACCAGAAUGUGAUUAGGGGUAAUCCUUUCCAAGUGCCUGUCAAAUUAUGCCUGCUAAUUUCAGUGAGAAAAGUUUUUAAGUGAACCCAACCAUGUAAGGACUAAAAGCUCUCUGGUCCCUGAGAGCCAUAGCCCCUGAGAUAAGCCAGAGCUACAAAUAUAUCGUCUAGACUUUGAAAGAAAGAAUAUGAUUCUUAAUAUAGCUCACCAACCACUAAGUCAAGCCCAAGCUCUCAUAAUUUUUUCUAUAACAGGAGAAGCCUGCCUGACAGUUGACUCGAAAGAUUCUCACCUCUUCUGCUACCACAGAAAUAAACUAAAAAGAAAGGACUCCCCUAAAUCAGGCCAGAUGGUGACCUGUGGCUAUUUCAGCUCAGGAUGUCAGCCUCUAAAGCAUCAGGUUUGAAUCAUUUGGGAUCAUGGGAUUCUAUCAUUGUUCACUUGAAUCUGCUGACACACUUCCUCUGGAAAGCGCAGUUUGGCAUGGAUGAGUCAGUGUUUUUUUUUAUUUUAUUUUAUUUUAGGUUGUUUGUUUUUUAAAAAAUAAAAAUUGCUUUGAGAA